AUGGACGUCUUACCAACCUCCGAUGAUGGAUUCGAUACAUAUCCACUUGUCAUAGAAUGUCGAACCGCAAAGGUGCAAAAUCACAUCAGCAUCGAUGUUCGAUCUAACCCGGGAGUUAUCUCACCCAUGCAGACGCGGAGGAUGUUAGAUCAAUUUUCCAACGUUGUACACCAAUUAUGCCAGGGCACUACCCAGACAACACUAGUCGACAUCGUAACGAUUAGCCCGGAGGAUGCCCAGCAACUCAUCCAAUGGAAUGGACACGAUCUCGAGCCGGUCCACGAAUGUGUACAUGAAACUGUUACCAGAGCAGCUCGUACUCAUCCUGGUUCUCUUGCUAUAUGUUCAUGGGAUGGCGAUAUGACGUACGAAAUGUUAGAUCGCUUUUCGAAUCAACUCGCACGACACCUUAUCAAACAAGGCAUCCGUCGAGGAAAUCUGGUCCCUCACUGUCUCAAUAAAUCGAAAUGGGCCAUUGUCGUCACCCUAGCAAUUCUCAAAGCUGGGGGGGCAAGUGUCGCUGUCGGGCCGAGAUCACCUCUCCAAACGUUGGCUAGCAAUAUUCAGACGCUAGAUGCGCCUCUCAUGCUGGUAGAUGAAGAAAACAGAUGUCAAGCGGAGAGUCUUGGCAUUCCACUCAUCACCAUAAGCGAGUGCUUUAUGAUGAGCCUUGGCGAUUCAGAUCAGACGAUUGACUCCGGUGUGCGGAGCAAUGAACCUGCGUUUGUUGUUUUUACAUCAGGAAGUACUGGCCAGCCGAAAGCCAUUGUACUGCAACAUGACUCGAUAUGCUAUAGCGCUAGAGCACAUGGAUCAUCACUUGGGAUAGGACGCGGGAGCCGGGUGCUGCAGUAUGCAGCGUACACAUUUGAUGUGAGCAUCCAGGACAAUUUCACAACUCUCAUGCGUGGCGGCUGCGUCUGUAUCCUAUCCAAAGAGGCCCGGGUGAACAUCGUGGACCUUAUAUCAUCGAUCAACAUCCUUCAGGCCAAUUGGGCAUGUCUUACAUCAACCGUCGCCAGUCUUCUGAAACCAUCCGACGUCCCAUGUCUCUCAACCCUAGUUCUUGGCGGUGAGCCCGCUAGUCAGGAUGUUGUUGCGGUAUGGGCGGGUCAUGUCACUCUACACAAUGUUUAUGGCCCUGCGGAAGCUUCGAUAUGGUCUUCGUGCAAUGAAAAUCUCGGAGAACAUAGCUUAGCUCUGAAUAUUGGCAAAAGCCUUGCCAGUCGACUCUGGGUCGCGAACCCGGCGAACCACCACAAUUUAGUUCCUAUCGGGUGUGUGGGCGAACUGUUAAUCGAGGGACCUCUCCUAGCUCGCGGCUAUCUUCACGACCCAGAACUGACCUCUACUAAGUUUAUAUACGACCCGUCUUGGGUCCUUCAGCUCGGUCUUGAGCAGCCUAAGCGUCUCUAUAAGACGGGCGAUCUGGUGCGAUAUCUAGAUGAUGGGUCUUUGAUAUUUGUGAGCAGAAAAGACAGUCAAGUUAAAAUAAAUGGUCAAAGAGUGGAUCUUGGGGAAAUCGCUCAUCAUUUGAAGUCAAGCAUUCCAUCAGAAUUCGUAUCCCAAAUUGUCGCAGAAUUCGUCAGAAAGCAAUAUCAGAACGACAGACAUACACUAGUUGCGUUCCUCGAACAAUUAGAUGAUGUUGAUGAGUCUGAGUUUUGUGGUACAUUUUCGCCUACAUUGAAACGACAGAUUCAACAUGCACGGCAUGUUCUAGAAGACAACCUACCGAGUUACAUGAUUCCUUCAAUCUUUAUACCGUUAGCACGCCUACCAAGAAACGCAUCCGGCAAACUUGAUCGAAAGAAACUCCAACAAUAUUUUAUGAACCUCUCUUCGACUCAACUUAAUGAGUUCAUGCUAUUAAGCGAAGUUAAAACAGAACCGAAAUCUGCAAUGGAGAUUCAACUUCGAGAUAUUUGGACGCAAGAGUUGAAAGUUUCCGGACCCAUUGGACUGGAGGAUAGCUUCUUCGAACUCGGGGGAGAUUCAAUUAGUGCAAUGAGGCUUGUAGCUGCAGCUCGUGAUAUUGGAAUCUUCAUCUCAGCGGCAGAUGUCUUCCAAUUCCCCAGACUGGGCAACCUCGCGUCGGCAGCAAUGCAGUCAAACCUAGUAGCUGACUGUGAUUACAGACCAUAUGAUCUCUGGCAUCCAGAAAGCCCAGAGACAAUUGAGGAAAUUGCAAGCCUGUGUCAAAUCUCGAAAGAUGAGAUAGAAGAUAUCCUUCCAGCUACACCUCUUCAAGAGGGGCUGACGGCUAUUUCGACCCGGAAAAAGGGAACGUACGUUUCACAAAGAAUUCACAAGCUUGGUAAAAAUACCUCAGUUGAGUUACUUAUAUCGGCCUGGAAUAAAGCUGUUGAGGAUCUUCCAAUCUUGCGAACAAGACUUGUCACUAUUGCAUCGGGAACCUUCCAGGUCGUCGUCAAGCAUGAACCCGUUUGGAAUAAAGGGCCUUCUCUAAAACACUAUCUUGCCAAUGACAUGAAAGAGCCAAUGUUGAACGGUUCUCCACUUUUACGGCUAGGGCUAAUUGAUGACCAUGGACGUGACGGCAUAAUAAAUAAACUGUUCGUCAUUACAGUGCAUCACGGAAUAUACGAUGCCUGGAGUGCUGCCAAAAUUUCUGAUUAUGUAUCCGCCGUUUACUCGGAGAUACCUGUACCGGUAACCAAACCCUUUGGGCAGUUUAUGCAAUACCUAAAUAAGAUUGACCUUGCCGCAAAUGAGGCCUACUGGCGGAAGCAGUUGAAGUCACCGCCAAAUGUAGGAUUUCUAUCUUCCACACUUGCAGAUACCAAGCAUCAGUGUACGAAAACAGCUUCAAGGCAAAUUAACAUGCCUCACAAACCGCAAUCCGUUACAAUGGCCACAAUACUCCGCGCAGCAUGGAUAUUAAUUCUGUCACAAUAUUCCAAGUCAGGCGAUGUUAUCUUUGCUAUGACGCUUUCAGGCAGAGAGGCCCCAAUAAUCGGUGCCUCAGAAAUAAUUGAUCCACUCUUCACAACGGUUCCAGUGAGAGCAAAAGUGGAAUUGACAACACCAAUUUAUGAAUUUCUCUGUGGUGUUCAAGCCCAAGCCACUGAGAUGCUCCCCUUUCAGCAUUUUGGGUUGCACAACAUCCGCCGGCUAGAACCCGAAAUCCAGGCCGCUUUGGAUGGGAUACGACACUUAUUUGUUGUUCAAUCAUCACCGCCCUCCCAAGCUGUAGUGCCGUCAAUUUAUUCCUUUGAGUCAACACAAGCCUUAGACAUAGGGUUCACAAAUUAUGCACUGGUUAUUGAAUGUUUAAUGCUUGAAGGUAUCACCGAACAACCGAUGUCAGAGAUGGAGUUGAAACUGCAAAAAUUGUGGGCUGAGGAAUUUGAGCUUAAUUCCACAUCUAUCUGUGUCUCUAGCAACUUCUUUCACCUUGGCGGAGAUUCUGUUAGUGCAAUGCGGUUGGCAGCUGCGUCGCGCCGCUAUAGGAUACAACUCAAGGUCGCUGACAUCUUCCAAUACCCGACUUUAUCGGAAAUGGCCCGGGCAGCUACAACUGUGCGAACCUUACAAAAGCCUAGUGGGUACGACGGACAGGACGCUGUGGAACCCUUCAGCCUCUGGUUGGUUGCCGCUGGGGAAAGGAAAGAUGCAAUUAGCGACAUAGCUGAACAAUGCCAAAUUGAGCCAAAUGAUAUUGAGGAUGUGUACCCUUGCACCCCUCUCCAAGAGGCACUAAUAGUACCUCAGCAGGCGCCGGUAUAUGUGCUUCAGAAAAUCUUCAAACUUCCAGAGGAUCUUUCUGUGGGACAUUUUAAAUUUGCUUGGCAGAAGACCGUCAAGUCUAAUCCCAUCCUGAGGACAAGGAUAAUUCCAUCCAGCCCUUGCUCCCUGCAAGUAGUCAUCAAAGAGGAUAUACAAUGGGAGUUGCGAUCCUCUUUGAAGGAUUACCUCAAGAUGGGUAUUAACGCAUCAUUUACUUACGGCGCAUGUCUUGCUCGAUAUGCUCUCAUCCAUGAUAAGUCAGGAUUAUAUUUUGUGUGGACCCUCCACCAUUCGAUAUAUGACGGCAUGAGCAUAGCUCUAUUGUUCAAACAAGUGUCUCGUAUAUAUUCCCAUGGACGUUCGAAUUUGACUGUACCAUUCAAUAGAUUCGUGAAAUACCUAGCCAGUCGCCCUACCGACUCAGCGAAGCUCUAUUGGCGUGGACAGCUUUCUGGCCAGCCCAAUGGAGCAUUCCCUCAGCCGUUGCCUCGGCAAGUAGAUACAAAUUAUACCAUACAUGUUCAACAACACCUAGAACUGUAUAACGCUUUGCUAAUGGUUCCAGUGGCAGCGGUGUUAAGAGCCGCCUGGGCUUUGAUUGUUAGCAAAUACUCAAAUCACGAUGACAUUAUCUUCGGAGCCGCAUUGUCAGGCCGAGAUAUCCCCGAAGAAGACAUAAUGAAAAUGGUCGGGCCUACUGUCACCACUGUUCCAAUCAGGGUCCGAAUUGAUUACCGUAAUGCGACCGUGGCGUCAUUCCUUGAAUCUAUUCAUCAACAAGCAUUGCAAAUGGCACCAUACGCACAAACCGGUGUCCACAAUAUCCGUCAAAUAUGCCAGGAUAUGCGACCAGCAGUAGACUUUAACAGCUUUCUGGCCAUCCACCCGUCGUCGGAUGACAUAGAGGACUUCCUGGGACUCGAAGAGAUUGUUUCUCCCUAUCGCAAAUUUGGAAAUUUCCCUUUGAUCAAUCAGUGUCACCUGAAGAACUCUAAUGUUCAGAUCGAACUUUUCUUUGAUUCAGCGGCCCUUUCCGAGAUCCAAGGGAAGGCCCUAUUAAAUCAGUUCUGUCAUCUUAUUAAACAAUUGGCAAAUCUCCCAGGGAACACACCGCUCUUGGACAUAGAAUUUAUUACACCUGAGGAUACUCAACAAAUCAAUAUAUGGAAUCAACGGAGCUGCCAAGAGGUGAAGGCGUGUCUUCAUGAUGCAUUCCAAAGACAGGCGUUGAAUUUCCCGAAGAAUCCAGCAGUAUCGUCCUUGGAAGGUGAAAACAUAACAUAUGUAGAACUAGAACAAUUGUCAUCCACUCUAGCAAAAUCACUCAAUGAUAGCGGAGUUGGCUCCGAGACAAUGGUCCCACUGAUGUUCCGCAAAUCCCCCUGGGCUAUCGUUGCAAUAUUAGCUGUUCUGAAGGCAGGAGGAGCAAGCCUGAUCCUUGUUGAUACUGAUUGCUUUGAGCCAGCCAAAUCGCUCCUCCCCAGCCAAAGGAUUAUUACAAUUGACCGAGCCACUUUCAGGGCCCUACCCAGUAUUUCACACUAUGCAUGCUCAACAGUCAUUCCAUCCAAUUCCGCGUUUGUCAUCUAUACAUCCGGUGCAACAGGUGUUCCAAAAGGUGUGGUUUUAGAGCACCGGGCAAUUUGUACAAACCUCGACAUGGUUGGUGAAGUUUACGGAGUUGGACCUAGUUCUAGGAUUGGUCAAUUUGCUUCCUAUGCGUUUGACAUUAGCAUACAAGACAUUUUCCUAGCCUUAUAUCGAGGAGCCUGCAUCUGCGUUAUUGAUGAGAGACAUCGCAUUGACGACCUUGCGUUCGCGCUUCGGUCACUCAGAGUUAACUGGAUGAAUUUGACAUCGACUGUCGCACAGUUACUGCAACCCGAAGACGUUCCAAACCUCUCCACAUUAGUACUUGCUGGAGAAUUAAUGAGAGAAGAUGUUAUCGAGAAAUGGAAACACGUCGCUUUAAUCAAUUCAUACGGGUCUGCGGAAACCUCCAUCAGCAUUUCAUUCAAUCGUGGAAUACAGCAUGUCACUCAAGCACGCGAUAUCGGAUUACCACUUAGGUCCCUUUCAUGGAUUGUGGACGAAGAUAACCACAACAAGCUGAGCCCCAUUGGGGUACCCGGUGAACUUCUCGUAGAAGGCCCUCUUCUAGCUCGUGGGUACCUUAAUGAUGAAAUAAAGACUAGAGAGUCAUUUAUUGUCAACCCUGCCUGGGCCGCUGGACAACGCUUAAAUGGAGGAUGCGAACGUCGCUUCUAUAAGACUGGGGACCUUGUCCGGUACAGUGACGAUGGCUCUGGCUCACUUGUAUUCAUUCGUCCUGUUGACAACCAGCUAAAAGUUCGUAGACAACUGGUCGAAGCUGCUGAAAUUGAGCAUUACAUUGCAAUGGACUCUCCAGCAUCAUCUGGUGUUGCGGUGGCUCUUGUUCCUAUUCACGAGGGAGAAACAGAUACCGUGCGAGAAACUCUUGCCGCAUUCAUACGGUAUGAGGGUCAAAUAGAUACGGAAAACACCUCUGAUGUUCUCAUGCCGAGUUCCGAUGCCCUACGAGAUACCCACAGUGCUCUAAGAGAGAAGCUCGCACAGAUGUUACCAUCGUACAUGGUUCCGUCUUACUAUUUUCCUGUUCACCGGCUUCCAUUCACCCUUUCUGGAAAGCUAGAUCGUCAGGUGCUUGUUGCAACAAUAUCAAGUCUAGGACAAGAUGAGCUUCUGCGCUAUGUACAUGGCGGCGAGUCUAUCAAAAUGGUCCAAAACUCCACGCAAGAAACCCUUCGGCAUCUGUGGGCUGAAGAACUUGGUGUCCCAGUGAAGCGAAUUGGAUUUGAGGAUAAUUUCUUUGCCCUAGGAGGUGAUUCUACUCUUCUUCCAAGUAACGAAAUCACCGAUAUCCUGCCAGUUACCGAAUUUCAAGCGAUGUGCCUUUCUGGCGCUUUAUCACCGUUCCGCUGGACGUUAAACUAUUUUCACCUCGACUGCCGAGGAACAAUAGACACUACUAGACUACAAGAGAGCUGGGCGAAACUCGUAAAUACGUAUGAACUCCUUCGCUCCAUCUUCACUCUCCAUGAGGGAACGUACUACCAAGUGAUCCCCAAAUUUUGGCAUCCUCAAGUAGACAUCUAUGAGGCCGAGGGGGAAAUUAUAUCUCUGAGUGAUGAUUUGGAGAAACAAGAUUUACGCGACCCUCCAUCUCUAGGACGGCCAUGGGCGAAACUAGUAGUCAUCAAAGGGUCGAAAUUUCCCCAGCAGACAAGAAUUAUACUACACAUAUCUCACGCUCAGUAUGACGGUUUAUGCCUGAGUCGACUUUGGGACGAUCUGGCGUCAGCAUACAAAGGAGAAAAUCUUCUUCUGCCGCGUCUAGGCUUUGCCGGCUAUAUGGCCAUCGUUAACCGCCAAACCCAUGAUAAGCGGACUCUGGAUCAUUGGAAUACGGUCCUGGAAGGCUCAAAAAUGACAAAUAUCGUUGCGGGAUCUGAUGCUGCACCUCCUCUACAUCUUUCAUCGGAAAUGGCUUUCUUGUUGACCCGCCAGAUUCAAAUACCUCAUAAUUAUACCAGCCGCCUCUUCUCCGACGCAACCAUUAUAAAAGCAGCAUUGUCUCUUGUUCUUGCCCGUCUCCGAAACUCGAGUUAUUUACCCUCCGCGUCUGUGGCUGGCGCCGAUAUCAUCUUCGGAGGUUUUGUUUCUAGUCGCAACACGUCUGUGGGGAUUAGCCAGGUCUUUGGUCCCUGUCUCAACAUCCUACCCAUCAGGGUACCAUUCAAUCAACAAAUACAAAAUGGAGCCCAAUGGACAUACUUAGAUCUCUUGAUAUACAUUCGUGAUCAACAAAUCGCGGGUAUUCCGUUUGAACAUGCCGAGUUUGGCAAGAUAGUGUCCAGAAAAAAUGUUUAG